AUGGAGGCCAUCCUCGACUUUGACAAGGACCUCGACAUCGGUCUCUUGGACCGCGUCGUCGCCGCCAUGUACACCGGCGCAGGCCAGGACCAGAGGAUGGCGCAGCAGACACUAGCCCAGUUCCAGGAGCAUCCAGACGCCUGGCAGCGCGUGCCCCCCAUCCUCCAGCAGAGCUCGUCGCCACAGACAAAGUACAUCUCCCUCCAGAUCCUCGACAAGCUCAUCUCCACACGCUGGAAGGUGCUCCCCGAGGACCAGCAGCAGGGCAUCCGCAACUUCAUUGUAGAGAUGAUCAUCCAGCACUCCUCCGACGAGGACAGCCUCAGGCGCGAAAAGACCUACGUCGGCAAGCUCAACACCACCCUCAUCCAGAUCCUCAAGCAGGAGUGGCCCCACAACUGGCCCUCGUUCAUCCCCGAGAUCGUAUCCUCCUCCAAGGGCUCGCUCUCCAUCUGCGAAAACAACAUGGCCAUCCUCCGCCUCCUCUCCGAAGAGAUCUUCGACUACUCGGCCGAACAGAUGACCACCUCCAAAACAAAGUCGCUCAAGAACCAGAUGUGCGGCGAGUUCGGCGAGGUCUUCCAGCUCUGCUCCGAGGUGCUCGAAAAGGCGCAGAAGCCCAGCCUCAUCAAGGCCACGCUCGAGACCAUGCUGCGCUUCCUCAACUGGAUCCCCCUCGGCUACAUCUUCGAGACCAACGUGAUCGACAACCUCAUCGGCCGCUUCCUCGAGCAGCCCGAGUUCCGCAACGUCACGCUCAAGUGCCUCUCCGAGAUCGCCAACCUCAGCGUCGGCCCCGAGUACGACCCCAAGUUCAUCGUCCUCUUCAACAUGGUCAUGACCUCGGUCAACCGCAUGAUCCCGCCCGCCACCAACAUCGCAGCCGCCUACGAGUCCAGCUCCGACGCAGAGCAGGAGCUCGUGCUCAACCUCGCCCUCUUCCUCUCCAACUUCCUCACCACCCACCUCAAGCUCGUCGAGAACCCGGACAACAAGGACGUCCUCCUCAACGCCCACAUGUACCUCAUCAAGGUCUCCCAGGUGCCCGAGCGCGAGGUCUUCAAGAUCUGCCUCGAGUACUGGUCCAAGCUCGUCAGCGAGCUCUACGCAGAGCAGCAGUCCCAGCCCAUCGCAGACAUGAAUCCGCUCCUCGGCCUCAACUUGGGCAACGGCCUCAGCAACUCGGCCAACUCGGCCAACCUGCGCAAAAACAUCUACGCCGACAUCCUCUCCAACCUGCGCCUCGUCAUGAUCGAGCGCAUGGUCAAGCCCGAGGAGGUGCUCAUCGUCGAAAACGACGAGGGCGAGAUCGUCCGCGAGUUCAUGAAGGAGAGCGACACCAUCGUGCUCUACAAGAGCAUGCGCGAGGUGCUCGUCUACCUCACCCACCUCGACGUCCUCGACACCGAAAACAUCAUGACCGAGAAGCUCGCAAAGCAGGUCGACGGCUCCGAGUGGUCGUGGGCCAACCUCAACACGCUCUGCUGGGCCAUCGGCUCCAUCUCGGGCGCCAUGCACGAGGAGACCGAGAAGCGCUUCCUCGUCACCGUCAUCAAGGACCUCCUCGGCCUCUGCGAGAUGAAGCGCGGCAAGGACAACAAGGCCGUCGUCGCCUCCAACAUCAUGUACAUCGUCGGCCAGUAUCCGCGCUUCCUCAAGGCGCACUGGAAGUUCCUUAAGACCGUCGUCAACAAGAACUUUGAGUUCAUGCACGAGAGCCACGAGGGCGUCCAGGACAUGGCGUGCGACACCUACAUCAAGAUCGCACAAAAGUGCCGACGCCACUUUGUCAUCCAGCAGGCGGGCGAGCAGGAGCCCUUCAUCGACGAGAUCCUGCGCAACCUCCACCGCAUCACGCUCGACCUCUCGCCGCUCCAGGUGCACACCUUCUACGAGGCCGUCGGCUACAUGAUCGCGGCGCAGCCCAACCGCCCCACCCAGGAGCGUCUCAUCGCCAAGCUCAUGGAGCUGCCCAACAGCGCCUGGGACAGCCUCAUGCAGCAGGCGCACAACAACGUCGACGUGCUCGGCAGCCCCGAGAACAUCAAGAUCCUCUCCAACGUGCUCAAGACCAACGUCUCGGCGUGCGUCUCGAUCGGCACCUACUUCUUGCCCCAGAUCGGCCGCAUCUACCUCGACAUGCUCGCGCUCUACCGCAGCGUCAGCGGCAUCAUCAGCGCCAAGGUCGAGGCCGAGGGUCUCAUCGCCACCAAGACGCCGAUGGUGCGCGGCCUGCGAACCAUCAAGAAGGAGAUCCUGCGUCUCGUCGAGACGUACGUCCGCCACGCCGAGGACCUCGAGGCGGUCAACGUCAACCUCAUCCCGUCGUUGCUCGAUGCGAUCCUGGGCGACUACAACCGCAACGUGCCGGCGGCGCGCGACGCCGAGGUGCUCAACGUCAUGGCCACCAUCACGUCGCGGCUGCAGGGCCUGCUGACGGACAAGAUCGCGCCCAUCCUGGACGCCGUGUUCGAGCCGACGCUCAACAUGAUCAACCAGGACUUCGCCGAGUUCCCCGAGCACCGCGUCGGCUUCUUCAAGCUGCUGCGCGCCAUCAACCUCUACUGCUUCCCGGCGCUGCUGGAGCUUCCACCACCCAAGUUCAAGCUGGUGGUCGACAGCAUCAUCUGGGCCAUCAAGCACACCAUGCGCGACAUUGCCGACACGGGCCUCAACAUCUGCCUCGAGCUGCUCAACAACAUCUCGGGCUCGCCGCUCGAGGUGGCCAACGGCUUCUACCAGCAGUAUCUGCUCAACAUCAUCCAGGACAUCUUCUUUGUGCUCACCGAUUCGGACCACAAGAGCGGCUUCAAGACGCAGUGCCAGCUGCUGGCGCGCAUCUUUGAGCUCAUCGAGACGGACCGCGUGACGGCGCCGCUGUGGGAUGCGAGCACGCAGACGGAUGCGAGCAUGAACAAUCGGCUGUUCAUCCGACAGUACACGUCGAAUCUGCUCAGGACGGCGUUCCCGCACAUGCAGGCCGAGUACGUGGACCACUUUGUCAACGGCCUCUGCAUGCACUCGAGCGACCUGAUCGCGUACAAGCUGCAUCUGCGCGACUUUUUGAUCACGUCGCGCGAGAUGUUUGGCGGCAGCGCGGGCCAGGUGGACAAUGCGGACCUCUUCCAGGAGGACAAGGAGGCCGAGGCGCAGAGGAAGGCGGCCGCCGAGAGGGAGGCUGCGGCCAAGGUGCCCGGUAUGCUCAAGCCGUCGCAGAUCAAGGAGGAGGACGAGGAGCUGUGA